AUGUCUUCUCCUAACAACAACACCCCUGCCAACAACUCUGCCAAUGGCAACAACUCUGCCCAUGGCAACAACCUGCCUGGCAACAAUGCCGCUACCUCAACUGCCAACAACAUGCCUACGACUACGGGUAGUGUUGAGCUUACGGGCGCUCGUGCGUCAAACCACCGGGAUGACGUUUCGGUCAUUCGUGAAAGCAUUGCUAGCACGAAGGCCAAACUCACUUCCUUGGCCGUGACCCAAGCCCAGCUCCUCGCGCAGCCUACGUCACAGGAAGUUCAGCAGCAAUUGCAGGAUGUGACAAACCAGCAAAAGCUCUUGUUGGAUGGCUUAUCGGUCACGAAGAGCAUUCUUGAAGAGCUCACGGGAGAUACACCAUCUGUUACUGGGUCCAUGUAA